GGCAAAGUUUCCUCCAUCAACCUUCACCUUCCCGACAAAGAUCUCCGGGAGGCCAAACCUUUUCGAUAACCUGCCCAUUCACGCCGUUCGCACCAUUUUUCAAAUUCAAACUUGGACAUACCCGACCCUCCCCCCAUAACACUUCCCACUUCCCACUUCCCUCCCCGUAGAUUUUGGGACUUCACCAUCUCUUCCAACUCUCACCUACGUCUUGUCCCUCUACCGUUUGGGACAAAUCCGCCCUCUUCCCUUCUGGAUACACGCACAAAGUGCGCUGUUUCCUCCCACCAACGAGCACUGCUCUCGCAUCAUUUCACAACUACCAACAGGAACCCAUUAACCACCCACCGCUUUCUAUCCUGAAACUCCGAGCCACUCGCUCUCGACACCAUGGCAAAAUCCCGUACUCGGAAGGCCAGAGGCCGGCGAGGAGAUACGUCAACUCAGGCCACCGGCUCCAAGUCACUGCAGCCUACCACAGACUCGAUCGAUCAUACACAAGUCACUAGUCACGGCAACUCGGAGUCGCCUGGCCAAUCUGGCUCCGGCGAUGGUAACGGUAAUACUGGUCAAUGGGGUUCUUUUCAACCGGAGAAUGCGAGCGAUACAUGGGAGACAUUCGCUGUCCCAUCCGAUAAAGAUUGGAAUAUGGAGAAGAUUUCUGUCGAUACCGAAGCUGGCAAAAUCUACCCUCUCCCUGGGACCAUCGUCGACUUUUCCCGCCCGAAAUCAGACUUCUUCCAGCAGAUUAAGCUGCCCAGGAGGCAGAAGCCUGUCAGUUACCAAAGCCUUCUCGACUUAACAAGCACGACUUUUCGCCCCGACCUGCCCAACCGACGCUUGUUCUACUACAAGCGCAAAUGGGUCUCUUUGGGUGACAAAAAUCCCCAAGAUGUGUACGACAUGGUACACGAGCGUGACUUUGUUCGGCAAAGAGAGACUCCUCGAGCCGAGUAUUUGCGGAUCAAAAAGCUUUACAGCAAAAAGAAGCAAGACAAGGCAUUCCGCUUGAUGCAAGCUACCAAAUAUUGCGAACCAAGAUUGUUACUGGCGCCUGCUCCGGCUGAUGGUGUUCUCAAUACGUCCAAACCCAUCAAGACUGACCAUGGGAGCAACCCUAACAACAGAACGAGCGGACUCAUACGUCUCAUGAACAUCCCGGAAAUCUUCGACAAAGUAGUGGACUACAUCGAACCUACCGUUACCGACCUGACAUCGUUGGCAAUGGCUUGCAAGGACACCGCCCGAUUGACCAGUGGUCGGUUCGCAGUUUGGAACUUCUCUUCGGGUAACUUCCAUACUGAGGAGAGUUACAGGAACGGAGUGGGCGGAAAACGGAUGAAUACCUUGAUCAUCACACCAAUCACAAAAGUCGAAGCUGCUAGCCCUCAAGACAAGCCGUUCGAGCGGGAGUUCAAGUUGUUGACUAAGAUGGUUCGUACCAUGAGUUCCACUCUCACGAGUUUCCGAGACUUGAUUCUCGACCAGAUCCCAUAUCUCAACAUUAAUCUGGUAAGAUUGAUGGUCAAGUCAAUGCCAAACCUUGAGAGUAUCGCCAUUACGCGCUGCAAACAGCUUGAUUUUACCAAGCUUGACUCCCUCCUUCGCAUCAUUGAGGAGAAGAAGAGGCUUGCAGCUAGAGGCCGCCACAAGGAAGUGCGCUUGGAUUUCUACCCGUAUUUUUUCGAAGGUCCAACUUCUGCGCCCAACACACUUGGGUCUUUCGGGUUGACCUACCAUAAGCCAACCUUUGACGUGCCGAAGGCUGUCUUCGCUCGGAUUAUGGCGUGCUGGGACCUUGCCGACACGCUCGGCGUCGACCUUCUCAGUGACAGCUCGGGGAUUUGGCACUUCAUUCGCCGUCUACCCGGUCCAGAUCCUUUUUGGGCUUACAAAGCUCGUGAAGCGGUCUUGACAUGGGAACGUAAUCGCCAUAUUCCCGGUCGUGGUCGUAACGCGCAUCGUUGGGGGUCUGAAGUCACCAGGCGCCUGUGGAACAAUUUGGGCGCCGCAGUUUCUGGCGAUACAACCGAGAAGAUUCCUCAUGAGCCCAAGGAGAGGGAAUGCAGUGGAUGUAUUACACCUCUCCCAGAUUACCUCUUCUCCGACAUCAAGAACCUUAUCUGCUGGGGAUGCAGAAUGGGUGCUUUUGUGGCGAACCAUGAAGACAGCCAUUUCCGUGACCGCACAAAUCGCGUCAUGGAGAUCUGGUUGGGCAACCGGAAGCAAUGGCCUAUUCAGAGACUCUAUUAUCUACCCUGCGACGAGGUCGAGGAGAAAGAUGCCCUCAAUAUGGCGAGGUUGACCGACGAAGCUUGGCGGUACGAACUCUUUGAGUUCAAACCGGGCAUGCCCCGAUUUCCACAGGCGAUACAUUGGAAAACGCAUCUGUCUUCAACCAAGAGGACAAGAGAGCUUUUGUGGCCAUUGACUGGACCAACGAACCAUCGCGAGGGCGGCCCUCAAUACGAGAACGCAUACCUACUGGCUGGGAUGAAUCCUUUGUUGGAUGAGCAGACGGAGAAGAAAUAUCGAGAGGGGGACAGAGCAAAUCGCCGUGAUUUCUUUAACAUCUAUCUCUCUGAUAUGCGUGCUAUGCCUGAUUGGGAGCCGUAUAACCGCAACUGGGAGGCAAGAGAAAGGGCCAAGGCGAUUUGGGAGAGAAAGGCUUUGGCAUAUUCGGGGGGGUGGUAG